AUUACACACUGGCUUCGGGAAGGAAGUCAGGUGAUAGCGGACGAUGAUGGCAGCGGGGGUCUGGUUGCUGGGGUUGGCCCUGGGUUCGGCGCUGAGCGGCGGUCGGGGUACCGACCAGGUCCCGCUGUUGGCAUGGUCUACGGACGGCUCCCUGUGGCACUCCCAGCCUGCUCCUAAUGAAGGCCACAUUGUCUCUGAACAGCAGCUGGUGUCAUAUCUGAGGCAGGCCCUGGGGAGGGGCCCCAAGACUGUCAUACUCUUUCUUCAGGAAAAGCUCAGUGUUGACGAUUUCACCGUGUAUGGAGGGGUCUACGGAAACAAACAGGACAGUGCGUUUCACCGCCUGCAGGGGGCCCUGGAAUCGUCACCCUCCUCCCUCGUCCUGCCUUCAGUGGACUGGCAUGCCACCAGCUCCCUGCUGCCUCUCCUCCAGGCCACUGUCGGGACUGGUCCGUUGUACGUGGACCCACUAACCAUCCGCGAUCUCCGGCUCAAUGCCAGUGUCCCCUCUUUGCUUGCUGUUCGCCUCCCCUACAGCUCUGGCUCCAUUUUGAUACGUCCAAAGGAGGCCCUCGCUGCCAACGAUGACAUUGUGGGGAAGGUGCUGGACGUCCUGAAGGAGGAUGGGGUCCCAUUCACUGCCAUCCUCACUGCCUCCAGGCCCUCCCGGGUGGUCCAGGCUGUUCCACCUGCCCCCCCAGCCCCUGGCCGCCACCUGCUGGGGCUGAAGGAAGAGGGUGAGUGGGCUUACCCGCCGCUAGCCUUCAACCAGAGCGGCGCCCCCUGCAUCCUGCUGUGGGCGUCUCAGCUGUGGCUGACCCGGGGCAAGGAGCAGGUCGACCUCACCAACCGCACAUUCGGGAGCACCGCCACGGUGUCGCUACACCGCUCUGCCUGCGCCAACCACAGCGCCGAACUUGUCCUCGAGUACAGCAACGUGGAGAAGCUCGGGACGGUGAAGAUCACCUUUAAAAUGAGCAACCAGUCAUACAGAGUGUCAGCCAAGCCCUGGUUUACCUUGGACCAGGUGGAGGUCUCCUCGGACAAGGACGCCAUCACAUUCAAUGUCACUGAUGUCUAUGCUCCAGCUGCCUACUCCUACCGCUGCGGCUACGUCUCCAACGAUCCGGCCUCCGGCUCUGUCCUCCACUCCAGCUCCACCUCCCAGACUUGGAGGCUCCAGAUCUACGAUUUCCAGAUCCAGGCAUUCGGGGUGAGGGGCCUGCGAUUCUCCUACGCCAGUGACUGCUCUGGUUUCUUCACGCCAGCCGUCUGGAUGGGUCUCCUCACAAGCCUUCUGAUGGUUUCUAUCUUGACAUAUGGCCUGCACAUGGUGACCAGCCUCAAGACCAUGGACCGUUUCGAUGACCCUAAGGGCCCCUCCAUCUCUGUGCCCCAGACUGAGUGACCACCCCUUUCCCCCAAGCAACAAAUCCCUCUGCCCCUUGGUGCCCAUCCUUUAGCCCUUCACCUUCCAUUGAAACUUCCCACAUGAUCUGGAGCAAGGACUGAUCUGGGAAACAUUACCCAAGUGUCUCCUCUGUCUUCCCCCGCCUGAUGUCUGCUCUGCUUCCCAUUCGCUUGGGCUAGGACGCGGAGCUGGCAGAACAUGGGGACGUCAGAGUCGAGUUGGUGACAAUUCUCUCUCCCGAUUCAACUCCUCCACUGUCUCACGACAUCCUGAUGUUAAGUGAUUUCCCCCUGGACGUGCACUGGAUCUUGAUCCUAUUUAACUGUGGUAUUAUUUAAUGAUGUAUAUAACUAUUUUGGUAAAACAUGAGUGUUUCGAUCAGCCCCCAACUUUGCCAUUGUUUCUGCAAAGGGAGUGUGUCUGGACAAAAUCCACACCAACUCCCUUGCCACCUGUUACACAUUGAAUGUCUGUCUGAUCGACCAAGGUUCUGUGGCUGAUAUGUGCUUAAGUGUGACUUUACGCUGCUUCUGAAACUUAGUGUGAAUCAAUAAAAGUGAAUGAACCAUU